CGAUAAAGGCUUAUUGUCUCGCGGGACCGCGGCUGGCAGACGGGCUUUCAGGCGGCCCUGGCCGGGGAAGAGGAGUUGCAUGUGUCGCUUCAGCUGGCGGUAGUGGCGGGAGCGGAGGCGGCGGGGGUUGUGCGACCGCCUGGGUUUGUGAGAUGGCUGCUGAUAUUUCCGAAUCCGGUGGGCAUGAUUGCAAAGGAGAGCCGAGGGGCAAUACCAAGUUAGAUGCAGACUACCCACUUCGAGUCCUCUACUGUGGAGUCUGCUCAUUACCAACAGAGUACUGUGAAUAUAUGCCUGAUGUCGCUAAAUGUCGACAGUGGUUAGAGAAGAAUUUUCCAAAUGAGUUUGCAAAACUUACUGUAGAAAAUUCGCCCAAACAAGACUCUGGAAUUAGUGAGGGUCAAGGCACAGCAGGGGAAGAAGAAGAGAAGAAAAAGCAGAAGAGAGGUGGAAGGGGUCAAAUAAAGCAAAAAAAGAAGACUGUACCACAAAAGGUUACGAUAGCCAAAAUUCCCAGAGCAAAGAAGAAAUAUGUAACAAGAGUAUGUGGCCUUGCAACUUUUGAAAUUGAUCUAAAAGAAGCACAAAGAUUUUUUGCUCAAAAAUUCUCCUGUGGUGCCUCAGUGACAGGAGAGGAUGAAAUCAUCAUUCAGGGAGACUUUACAGAUGACAUAAUUGAUGUCAUUCAGGAAAAAUGGCCAGAGGUGGAUGAUGAUAGCAUCGAAGAUCUUGGAGAAGUAAAGAAGUGAUUUUGAAAAUUUGUCUCUAUUUAAUGAUUUGAACUGAGAGUUGAUAUGGCCAAAGGGAGAGAGGCCUUUUAAAAAUAUAUAUAUUUAUCCUACAGUAAAACUGUAGACUACCCUCACCCUUGGCAUUUUCACUGUUCUGUAUAAGGCUGCUUGUUUUUUUUAUUGCCAAAGUCUAAUAAACAGGGGAGACUGUCAUGCUUAUGCAUGAAAUAGAAUUUAGUCAAAUAAAAAUUUUUGGUCAUUUGGUA